CCAUCUUUCACCGCUGCCUGCACCUUACAUACUUCUUGCGUCGAUUGCGCGUUCGCUGCUCAGAAGCACCUGUUCGGAGUGUAUUCUUCACGCGACUAAGCUAUGAACUCGCUUUACAACUCUGCCCUGCGACAGGGUACGUCGAUACGGAAGGACCUUGAUGCACUUGCGGAGGGAUCCCAAACCUCGCCGGCGCUCAUAGGCCAAAUCAACGCCUCUCUAACCUCCUUUGCACGAACAAUAGAAGACUACAACAAGCUUGCCAAGCAGGAACUUGUCCCGGAGAAGCAGACAAAAGCCUACGAGCGCAUCAAGAACUUCCGCAGCGAGCAAGCAGAGUACCGUGACCGCUUCGAACGGCUGAAACAAGAGCUCGAGCAGCGCCAGACCACACUAGCAUCUUCCGAUCUUUCAGCGCGACGACCUCACAUGGCAGCCACGCCGGACAAUCCUUACGCACAUCACAACCCGUAUGCGCAAGCCGUGAACACCGCCACGAACCGAUACGGUGCCAGCAGCAACUUGUCCGCGUACGCUCCCCCCGUCGAGCCGACAAGGGAAGAACACGCGUUCCGCGAACAGACGUUUUUCCAGCAGGCGAGCAUGCAGAUGGACGAGUUUCUGGAGCGUGGAGCGGACGUGCUAGGCAGCCUUGGGCAGCAGAGAGAGAUGCUGAAAAACACGCAGAGGAAGCUCUACAGCGUGGGCAACACGCUCGGCAUUUCCGGAGACACGAUCCGCAUGGUCGAGAGGAGGGCCAGGCAGGACAAGUGGAUAUUCUGGGGUGGCGUGGUCGUGUUUUUCUUGUUCUGCUACCUGGUCUUGAAGUGGCUGCGGUAAGACCUCGAAACCGCGGGGAGGCAGGACGCGGAUCGGAAACUUUCAUCUGUACGAUAUGAGCUUGGGAUUGCAUAGCGCGGCGUUGGGACCGUUAGAUUUGAGCGGAUCAUUGGCUUUGACAAAAAUACACGACCUUUAAUCCAAAUUGAUGAAAGCUAUCGCUCAGAGGGCCGGCAAAUUCCUCAUCUAGCCUGUGACACUGAUUCUCUUCCGCGAGAUGGUUUUCCCUCAUUGCCAAUACCAGCUAUUCCGCUC